CUGUACAAUGCAUCGAAGAUAGCGAACCAAGCCUUUAUCUCUCUUUCUCUGUUUUACUCUGUUCUUUAUUCGCAGCUUUUCAAACCCUAGAAAUUCUCGGAGUUCGAGCUAUAUCAUCCUUAACAAUCACGGAAAAUUUUGACGAAUUUGAUGAUUCCGAGUGUGCGAGCCUGGUUUGAAUUUUUGUUUAUUUCUGUUUAGUUGUUGUAGGUCUCUGAGUUGGGGUCUUCGUCGUUCUUUUCGAGGGGUUUCGAGGUCUUCGGAAAAUGACGUCUCUGAGCAGAGAAUUGGUCUUUCUUAUUCUUCAAUUCCUCGAGGAGGAGAAGUUCAAGGAGUCCGUACACAGACUUGAAAAGGAAUCAGGGUUCUACUUCAAUGUGAAGUACUUUGAGGAGAAAGUUCUAGCUGGAGAAUGGGAGGAAGUUGAGAAGUACUUAUCAGGAUAUACUAAAGUCGAUGAUAACAGAUACUCCAUGAAGAUAUUUUUUGAAUUAAGGAAGCAAAAAUAUCUUGAAGCACUGGACCGGCAUGACAAGGCAAAGGCUGUUGAUAUAUUAGUUAAUGAUUUGAAGGUGUUCUCUACAUUUAACGAGGAUCUCUACAAGGAAAUCACUCAGCUUCUAACUCUAAGAGAUUUCAGGGAGAAUGAACAGUUAUCCAAGUAUGGAGACACUAGACAAGCUCGUAGCAUUAUGUUAAUAGAGCUUAAGAAACUCAUAGAAGCAAAUCCCCUAUUUCGUGAAAAGCUUACUUUCCCGGGUCUGAAGCCAUCAAGGUUGCGGACCCUUAUCAAUCAAAGUUUGAACUGGCAGCAUCAGCUAUGCAAGAACCCUAGGCCAAAUCCAGAUAUUAAGACUUUAUUCCAAGACCAUUCAUGUACACCUCCUAAUGGUCCCCUUGCAUCCACACCUGUCAAUCUUCCUGUUGCUGCACUCACAAAGCCUGUUGCUUAUACCCCACUUGGAGCUCAUGGGCCCAUUCCACCUGCUGCAGCUGCUGCUAAUGCAAAUGCUUUAGCAGGUUGGAUGGCCAAUGCCUCUGCCUCUUCAUCUGUUCAAGCUGCUGUGGUUACUGCAUCUUCCAUUCCUAUUCAACAGAAUCAAGCUUCGAUGUUGAAACAUUCAAGAACUCCUCCAGCAACACCAGGAAUAGUUGAUUACCAAACUCUUGAUCAUGAGCAACUGAUGAAGCGAUUAAGGCCUGGUCCAUCUGUAGAAGAGGUUACAUACCCAAUGCCACGUCAGCAAGCAUCUUGGUCACUGGAUGAUCUCCCAAGAAAUGUUGUUUUUACUUCGCAUCAAGGAUCCAGUGUCACAAGCAUGGAUUUUCAUCCUGUUCACCAUACAUUGCUCCUGGUUGGUUGUAAUAAUGGAGAAAUAACACUCUGGGAACUUGGAUUGCAAGAGAGAUUGGUAUCGAAGAUAUUCAAGAUUUGGGAUAUUUCUUCUUGUUCGCUGCCAUUUCAGGCUGCUGCUAUUAAAGAUACCUCAAUAUCUGUUAGUCGUGUCGCAUGGAAUCCUGAAGGGAAUUAUGUAGGAGUUGCAUUUACCAAGCAUUUGAUUCAACUGUAUUCUUAUUCUGGACCAAAUGAACUACGUCAACAUUUAGAGAUUGAUGCCCAUGCUGGUGCCGUGAAUGACUUCGCUUUUGCUUAUCCCAAUAAGCAACUAUGUGUUGUCACCUGUGGAGAUGACAAACUAAUUAAGGUGUGGGAGAUAUCUGGGCGUAAGCUAUUUACCUUUGAAGGUCAUGUGUCUCCAGUAUAUUCAAUCUGUCCUCAUCACAAGGAGAGCAUUCAGUUUAUCUUUUCAACUGCUGUCGAUGGGAAAAUAAAGGCCUGGUUAUAUGACAAUAUGGGUUCUAGGGUUGACUAUGAUGCUCCUGGGCAGUGGUGUACCGCAAUGCAAUACAGUGCUGACGGAAGUAGAUUGUUUUCUUGCGGAACAAGUAAGGAAGGAGACUCAUAUCUUGUUGAGUGGAAUGAAAGUGAAGGGGCAAUAAAACGAACAUACACUGGGUUCAGAAAGAAGUCAUCAACAGGUGUUGUGCAGUUUGACACCACACAAAAUCACUUUUUGGCUGCAGGUGAAGAUAGCCAGAUAAAGUUUUGGGAUAUGGAUAACACCAAUGUUCUCACUAGCACAGAUGCUGAGGGUGGACUUCCAAGUUUCCCUCGCUUGAGAUUGAAUAAGGAAGGAAAUCUUCUUGCUGUCAGUACAACAGAGAAUGGGUUUAAGAUACUUGCUAAUGCUGCUGGUGUUAAAACCUUGAAAGCCAUUGAGUCUACAGCUUUUGAAGGAUUGAGAUCACCCUUAGAUUCUGGCACUGUCAAGGCUUCUGGUUCGUCUGCUAUUCCACAUGUCAGUCCAGUCAAUUGUAAAGUGGAAAGAAGUUCCCCUGUCAGGCCUACUCCAGUUAUCAAUGGAGUUGAUCCUGCGGCUAGAGGUUUGGAGAAACCUAGAAAAGUUGAUGAUGCAAUUGAUAAAACCAAACCCUGGCAGUUGACUGAAAUUCUGGAACCUGGCCAGUUCCGGUUAGUUACCAUGCCGGACAACACAGAUAAUACCAGCAAGGUUGUUCGACUUCUAUAUACCAAUUCUGCAAUUAGUCUUUUGGCUCUUGGGUCAAAUGGUGUUCAGAAGCUAUGGAAGUGGGGCCGUAGUGAUCAAAACCCAAAUGGAAAGGCCACUGCUAAUGUCGUUCCACAGCGCUGGCAAACAAGCAGUGGUCUUGUUAUGACUAAUGAUGUCUCAGGUGUCAACCUUGACGAAGCAGUUCCCUGUGUAGCACUCUCGAAAAAUGAUUCAUAUGUGAUGUCAGCUUGUGGUGGAAAGGUUUCAUUGUUUAACAUGAUGACAUUCAAGGUAAUGACAACAUUUAUGCCACCUCCCCCGACUUCCACUGCCCUAGCAUUCCACCCUAGGGAUAAUAACAUCAUAGCCAUAGGAAUGGAGGACUCAACAAUCCACAUUUACAAUGUCAGAGUGGAUGAAGUAAAAUCAAUAUUGCAGGGCCACCGUAAGCGGAUAACUGGUUUAGCUUUCUCUACCGUUCUUAACAUUCUAAUUUCAUCUGGUGCAGAUGGUCAACUUUGUGUAUGGAGCAUGGAUACAUGGGAGAAGAGAAAUUCAGUUGCAAUACAGCUACCUUCCGGAAAAACACCUGUUGGUGAAACUCGGGUGCAAUUCCUUCAGUGUCAAAUUCGUUUUAUGGUAGUUCACGAGUCUCAGUUAGCAAUAUAUGAGGCUCCCAAGAUGGAUCGCAUUGGACAGUGGCUUCCACAAGAUGUUAUUUCUGCACCCAUUUCUUAUGCAACCUUCUCGUGCAACAGCCAAUUCAUUUAUGCUACCUUCUGUGAUGGUAAUAUUGGGGUAUUUGAUACUGGGGUACAUGAGGCUGAUUGCUUGCGACUACGGUGCCGCAUCGCACCAUCAGCAUACUUAUCUCAAGCAGUCUUGAAUGGAAGCCAAGCCGUGUACCCGCUCGUUGUUGCGUCUCAUCCAAUAGAUCGCAACCAAUUUGCUAUUGGGUUAACAGAUGGGUCUGUGAAGGUGAUUGAACCCAUCGAGGCAGAGGCUGAGUGGGGGACUUCACCACCUGCGGAUAAUGGAACGGUGAGCGGUAGGGCAGGUUCUUUGUCUACGACCAGCAACCACACGUCUGAUCAGAUUCAAAGAUGAGACUUGUUUGUUUAUAAUGAUGGUACAGUCUAUUUUAAUCGCAUUGCUGUAGAGAGUUUAGGUUAUCAGUUGGUCCCUUGUCAAAAAGGUAAGUUUGGACACUAGUAAAUAACUUAAAUAGGUGAAUAUUUUUAACACUAGUGUUCUGCAACUUCAAACGCACGUAUGUAGGUAUUAUUAAUUCUUUGGCAGUAAAUGCAUGUACUUAUUUGGUUUAAGAUUUCUUGUCUUUGUCCAUUUGGAAUGUUAAGUUUAUAUUGUCAAAACAAUUAUAUGAGCCCCUCUUUCAAGACU